CGAAUAAGCAGACCGGAAGCGGAAGAGAGCCCUGUGUGAUUUGUAUACAUACCCAUAGUACAUACCUAGUUGGUGCUGCUGUUAAUUCUGCAUAAGACUAGAAUUAAAAAAAAAAAUAUAUAUAUAUAUCCAAUCAGUUGCUACGUUAGAAAUAAACUGUAUGACUUUGAUGUGCGUCCCGGGUAACUGACUAAGUUUCUGCUGGUGGACUGACUCGAGAGCUCGCCAACAUGGCAGCUGUAGACGUGGAGGACGAGAGUAUUUUGGCUUCAAUAUUCAAAGACAGCUUUCCGGACAGCUGGAGGGACAACCCGGACUUUGCAGCCUACCUGUCCGAGCUCAGCUCGUACGGAGUGGAGAAGCUGAACCGAGAGCCGGAGCGGCUGGCGGAGGAGCGGGCUCAGAUCCUGCAGCAGACCCGGGAGCUGGCCUUCUCCAACUACAAGACGUUCAUCCGCACCGCCGACUGCACCGAGGACAUCUACCGGGACUUCGGCCGCGUGGAGAGCAGCGUCUCCAGACUGCUGGACAAGCUACCUCGCUUUGGUGAAAAAUGCAGGGGCUUUAUGAAGGAGGCAGAGGAGAUCGGGGCCAGUCGUCGCAUGAACAGUCUCACACUGAAUCGUCACACUGAAAUCCUGGAGAUUUUGGAGAUCCCUCAGCUUAUGGACACCUGCGUCCGCAAUGGCUACUAUGAAGAGGCUCUGGAGCUGGCAGCUUAUGUCAAGAGACUGGAGAAGAAGCACUCGUCACUCCCAGUAAUCCAGGGCAUUGUCCAUGAAGUACUCCAGUCAACUCAACUCAUGCUCAGCCAGCUGUUGCAGCAGCUGCGCAGCAACUCCCAGCUUCCCGUUUGCCUUCGUGUGAUUGGCUACCUCCGCCGAAUGGACGUGUUCAUGGAAGCGGAGUUGCGGGUUAAAUUUCUGCAGGCACGUGGCACCUGGCUAAACUCCAUCCUAGCUGCCAUCCCUGAUGAUGACCCCUACUUCCACAUCACAAAAACCAUUGAGGCCUGUCGCAUCCACCUCUUCGACAUUAUCACCCAGUACCGGGCCAUCUUCUCUGAUGAGGACCCACUGGUGCCCCCUGGAGGACAAGCUAUUAAUGAAGGCGCCAUCUUCCAUGGCUGGGUGGUGCAAAAGGUGGCCGAGUUUUUGGAGACUUUGGAAAGAGAUCUGCAGCGUGGGGUCGGGGGGCGCCUUGACUCCCUGCUUGGACAGUGUAUGUACUUCGGGCUGUCUUUCAGCAGAGUGGGGGCAGACUUUCGCGGGCAGCUAGCACCCAUGUUCCAGAGGGUGGCAGCAGACACUUUCCACAAAGCUGUUCAGGAAGCAGUGGACAAGUUCCAGGAGGACAUGAACUUGUACACACUCAUCUCUCUGCCCUCGGUGCUGGGAGGAACCAUCCCGGCUGUGGCACCCAGCACUCAGCCCGGCACUUUGCAGCCUCCAAUGUCUCUUCUCGACUUCCAGCCCCUGGCUUGCUUCCUCAAUAACAUUCUGACUGCCUUCAAUGACCUCCGACUGUGUUGCCCCAUUGGACUGACCCAGGAGGUCACCAAAUACCUGGAAGAUGCCCUCAUGAUGGUCACUAAGCUGAUCCUGGUUUUCCACCGGGCGGAGGAGUCCGCCUUCAGCAGCCGAGAGAAGGAACUCUUUGUCCAGUUCUGCUGUGCUUUCGCAGAAGAUCUGGUGCCGUUUCUUAAUCGGUGUUUGCAGGUCUUGUUCCCUCCAACCCAGCUGGCUCUCAUUCUUGGUGUUCCUCCAACACAAGUCCACAAGUAUGGCAGCUUGGGUUGCAUUGAUGUCAAUGCAGUUCUUGAGCCUUUGGAGUUUGUGCUUCCUAAGAAAGAGACUGAGACCGUGGCGCCAGUGGUUGAUCUCAGUGCCGAGCUCAGCAGCUUAACCACAGCCGAGCCUGUCAUCACUGACAUCCUCGGGCCGAUGCCUGAGCCACAGACUAACGAACCAGUAACAGAACCUAACCUCACUGAAGAGCCCAAACAUCCUGAGCCUGUCCCCGAGGUGGACGUUCUGCUGAACGAGCCCAAAUCUGGCCUACAAGACCAAACAACAAUACCGAACGAUGAAGUAAUGGAGUAAUGCCGGUGCUUUUUUGGUGGCCUUACUGACUGUUAGGAUUUAUGACAGCAAGGAUUGUACUCUGCUUAUCAGGCUGUUUACAUUAGGAAAUGUUAAAAAAAAAAAAAAAAAUCAGUUAUACCUAUGGCGGUGGUUAGUUGGAAUUUUGGUUGUAAUUGCAAUAGUCACUGCAAGUGUAUAUGGUCCAUACAGGGAGGCACUGGUUUAAUAUUCUCUUCUACAUGUGGUUUAGGUAUUAUUUGAAAAUCAUAUUGUAAAAAAAAAAAAAUGAAAUGUGACAUGUACAUUUAAAUCUUAUAUUUAAUGUAAAA